AAUCUCUCACUGUUUGGGUUCAUGCUCUUGCGAGCUAAAGCUGCUCUUCGAUUUCCUUCAUAAUACUCUCAGAUCGCCGGCGAACUGCCGCCGGGACAAAAUCCCUCCGUCUCCAAAGUCGCCGUCCACUUCCCCCCAAAUCAAAUCCAUCCGAACCUCAACCCCGCCGAUUCAAAGAUUCGGGAGCGGGAGUGAGCGCAAGUUCUGCGUUUCAUGCGGCGCUGCUAGCAUGCACGACCGCUCAAUUACGCCGAGUUUCUUCUGUUUAAUCCGAAGCUUAUCGGAAUCGGAGGCUCCGAUUUCCAGGGCGACGAGCUGAUAGAUUGCGGGGAAGAUAAGAACAGUGCGGGAGGAAGAUGUCGAAUCAAGUGGUGAAGGUGAGGAGAGAAACAAUUGCGGCAUGCAUGACCUGCCCUCUUUGCAGUAAGCUCUUCAGAGAUGCGACCACCAUUUCAGAAUGCCUUCAUACGUUUUGCAGGAGAUGCAUUUACAAGAAGCUCUCGGACGAGGAGACAGAAUGUUGCCCAAUUUGUAACAUUGAUUUAGGCUGCGUCCCACUUGAAAAACUGAGGGCAGAUCAUAAUCUGCAAGAUAUUGGUGGCAGGGACGGGAACAUUCCAGUUUCGUUCAUUCAAAAGUACCUGAUGAGAAAAUUGGAUCUUGCAAGUGAAGAUGAGGUUGAAAUCAGAUGCAUGGGGCAGCCGAUAGUACCCACUUUACAGCUAAACAGUUUGCUGGAUAUGUGGCUUCAAAUGGCUUCUGCUGAAAGGGUAUCCGUUGCAAUUGGUUCCUCGGCCAAAGAUUUCGUCAUGGUGCUCGCUUAUGCCCGUAAGAGGGAUGGAGCUCCGUUUUCUGCGAGUAACGGAUGUGGAGAAUCGGACUUGGAGUCGGAGCCCAAUUCGAAGCGUCGCCGCCGGUCGUCGUCCUACACCGCUUUAUCAGAUCGGACACGGGAGCUGUUAGAAGAGAAGGUGUCCUUUCCAAAUGUAUCCAAGUGUCGACUAAAACACAUCAAAGCUUCAAUCUUGGCACCCGGUUUUAGGGAUGCUCCCGAGCUCCCCGACUCACUUGCCCUAAAUAAGGAAUAUAAGAUCGGGUCGUAUUUCGACACCGAAUGCCUGACAUAUUCUGAAACCUUCCAACAUGUGCCAAAUGUCGAGGCAGGCAAAGAACUGAAUGUUUUAGAUUUGCUAGGGGAUGACCUCUUGAGUUUCAGCACUAGUAGCCAAAAUGAUCCUAGCUCAAGCAGAACAACACGCAGAGAGAAUGUUAAUGUGGAAAGCACCGUAAACCUGAAGGGUAAAUACGUUAUGAUUUGUUGCGUGUUUGUGCCUUCGAUUUGGUCUUCAGCCGAUGGCCCCAUGGUUUAUCACACAGCUUUAGCAUCUCAUGAGCUGGCUAGAAGAGACGAUUUCGUGCUGGUGGUGGUGCCAAUGAUGAGGGAGGGUUUCGCUCAUUCCUACUCUGCCUAUCAACACUUCUUGUUGGGAUUUUCCUGCCUUGCUGUUCCUUUCUGCGACUCUCAUCAGCGUGAGUACAUUUGCUCGGCACUCGGUUUUGAUGGUAAGAUUAAAGCUGUGAUUCUAGAUCCAUCUCAGAAGGUCCUUUACCAUGGCCCGCCCAUCAUGUUUUCUCAGUUUGGAGGAGCUGAACAUGGUUCCUUUCCCUUUACUCCAGAGAGAAUGGAUAUUUGUUUACGCCGUGGCGGUGUUUUACAGGAUCUCUCCCUCAAUGAACUUCUGGGCCUUAGCGACACUGAUGUUCUAUUCAAUAUUUUGAAGGAUGCCCAGAUUACUAUUUCAGAACUUAAACAGAAGUUUGUGGGGCUUUAUGUGUGCUCUGAUUGUAGAAGCUUAAGGAAGCUUCAGGAGGUUCAUGAGGAAUGUAGACGACAAAAGUAUGAGCUUGAGAUUGUGGUGGUGUGCUGUCCCUUCGAGAAGCAGGUGCCCCCAAAGUUGCACGAGAAGUUAAUCAUGGAUGCACUUGCAAGUUUUAAGCUGAUAGGCUGGUGGGGUUUUCCCUUCAACAACACCGUAUUCCAUAGGCUAAUGCGAAUGCGUGAAAUUGAUAGUGAUCGGGAAGGUCUUUUCAUAGUGGAUCCCAUUGAAAAGUAUGUGGAUCCCUAUGGGUUACCAAUCAUCAGUGAUUUCGGCAUGGAUGGUUAUCCCUUCACUAGGAGGAAAUUGAUUGAUAAGGAAUUUCAAAGGAAAAUGGGACUGAGUUUGAAGUCAUUACUACUACCUUGGGAUUGUGUUUAUGGCAUGCGUGAUACCCUUACGCGCUGGAUGGUUGAUUAUUCUACUGCAUUGCUUAAGAACUACAUUGUUGUUCUUUAUCUGUUCAAAGAGAAGGAGAAAUUUCUAGCUGAUAGAUUGGGUGCAAGGUAUAAAAAGAAUUGGAAGAGAAAGCAUUCAAAUGUUGUGGUGGUUGCUGUAAACAUAGAUGGUAGCCGCACUAGUGAUGAAGAUUUCAUGGCUAGGGGGUGGUUCGUAUGCCGUGCAAAACCAACCAAGUCAGCUAAACUCUGUGAUGAGUUCUUCCAUCCUCUCUGUAAUCCAUGUGAGACUGUUGUUGCAUUUGGAGAUGAUGGUAUGAUUCAGUCUAUGGAUCCAAAUCACAUUUUGAAAUGUCGACAUCCUCCUUUCCAUGGCGAUCUACGUGACGAGAUUGCUCGGGCAUUUGAUGACGCCGGGCUUCAUUACAUGCGACAUUAUAACUACUCUUAAUGACGGGAACGGUAAGUUGUUGCGUCAGACGGUAGGCAAUACCGCCGGGCCAGUACCGUUCUACCGCCACCCUCUUUUUUCCAUCCUCAUCUUCCGGUCUCUGUGACCGCACGGGGCGCACGGUACCUAGUUACCGAAGGCCGUCGGAUUGAUAGUGACUACCGGAAGGGUCGAGCUGAUCUCCCCCAAGCGGUUCGCCGAUGUAAUAAGAAAUUUAAGGAAGCUUCAGGAGGUUCACGAGGAAUGUGGAUGGCGUGCCCCCAAAGUUGCAUGAUGAGUUGAUCAUGGGUGCUCUUGCAAGUCUUAAGCUGAUAGGCUGGUGGUUGU